UCACUACUCGAUCUUGUUUGGCUUGCCUGUUCUUCUGUUCUUCUGUUCUUCUGCUCUUCUGCUCUUCAUACACUACUCUUUCUUCGUGUUCUUACUGUACUAUACUGUAUUCUAAUAUAUCCUGCUCUUCGUUUUCCAAAUGCUUUCCCCAGAUACAGCACUUACGUCCUACGCUUCCGCCCCAGAUGCUGAUCUUCCGUCCUACUUUGCAGCAACUGCCCCAGCAUCGUCUGCCUCAACUGGAAUUCCAGACGACGACCUUCUACCCCAAUACACCUCUUCCAUCUCCAAUUACACCAUUGUUUUCAAGAAAACUGAGUUUUAUACACCUUAUGAUAUUGAAAAAUUUAGUUAUGCCUGGAAACCUUAUUUAUUACACUUGAAUUCCACCCAGCUAAAUUUUUAUUCCUUUACUGAUAAGACCAUAAUCAACUUUUUGCUAUAUCUCUUCAGCAAGUUAGAUCAGAAUAGACUCCCUACUCUCAAUAAAAAAUUCAAAAAAAUCAAUAAAAAAUUGUCUCAGUAUGAAAACUCUUCAAGAUCCUCCUUUCUAAAUUUCAAUCCUUUCACUUCUUCUUCCGCUGCUUCUUCUGUUUCUUUUUCUUCCUCUUCAAGCGUACUCAGCAAACAAAAUAACCAAUUCAACUUCAAUCUAUCACAAUCUCUUCAAGAAUUUAAACUAGACCCUAAUCAAAUAUCUUUACUAUCAAUCUUAUUAUCAAACUCAAAUUACCAUAUCAACAAUAACAUUAACAGUAACAGUAACAUUGACAAUAACAUUAACAACAACAUUGAUAACAACAUUGAUAACAACAAUAAUGACCCCCUUUCAAUUGAUUUGUUUUACUCGUUAGUAGAUCCCUUUCCAAAACAUUCCUAUUCUCUUCAAAAUUGCCUAAUCGGCAAAGCAAACGAUAUCAAAGACAAAAACUUUGUCCUAAGAUUGAGAAUAGAACUACAUCAAAUUUUAGUCAAGUUUAUCAACCUCAGACUACAAAUUAACUGGUACUACUCAAUCAACUGGGGCAUAGAUCUCUCUCAAACUAUAGACAGAAGAUCUCUAAUAAAAGAAAAUAACAUUCCAAGAAGACAUUACAUCAUUGCUAACACCAAUGCUAACAGCAAUUCGAACACCAAUGCUAACACCAAUGCCACUUCCACUUCCACUUCCACUUCCACUUCCAAUCCAGAUCCAAUAACUUCCCAUCACAGAUCAAACACACAAUCUUCAUCCGUUGAUGACUAUGAAAGUUUCCAAAAUUUCUAUACAAAUUACCUCGCUAAAAACGCUUUUUCCUCCACUUCUUCUAACAACUCAAACAAUAAAUUCGACAAUAACAAGUUUCAAUCCUUCUACUUUCAAAGAAAUAAGCAUCUCUUAUCAAUUAACUACCUUUACGACAUGGACUUUGUGGAAAACUUCUCAAUCCAAAAUUACCACAAUCUACUCCACUCAGUUCCAGAAUCCACCCCCAGCAACCAACCUUCUUUAAAUAGGUCUCUUAGUCUUUCAACCACUGAUUCCCAAAACUUGACACAAUCUGACGAGUUUUCCUCUUUAAGCUUGAUCCAUUCAAUAGAUUCAACAAAUACAAAUCUCAGUGAACCUUACCCUUUGAAUGAUCUUGAUAUCUUUCCUACUAACUACAAUUUCAACUCUAAUAAUGCCUUUCCUCUUGAUCUUGAUAGUGAAAAUGAUGACGACUUCAAACCCACUAAAAAGAAAAACCAACCCACAAAUUCUCCAACUCUUGUCAACCGUAAUGAUGACUAUAACGAUAACUUGAUCAUAAAUAAUUUAUUUGAACCAGAAUGCUUUACAAACACCUGCCUAAACGUUAACAUCAACGACGAAUUAUUUAUAAAUAAAAACGACCUAAUUGAUCUAAUUUACUCUUAUAAAUGCAUCAGAUCUUUAAAAAAGAGAGAGAGUUGGAUUGGUAAAAAAGUUGUCAUAUCAUGCAGAUCCUAUUUCAUUAAUGAAUAUAAUAACAACAACCUAGAUAGUAAUGAUAAUAACAACAGUCAAAUAAGAAAUUCAGAUUUAAAUAAACUAAAUCAGUUCGAUCAAUUAAACAACAACGAAUUAACAAAAUGUGGUGUCAACUUAAUUAAAAUGAACAACACAAAUAGCAAAAGCACUUUUUCAAAUAUUGAGGACACUCAAAUGGAUGAAAAAAGAAGAAAUAUAAAUGAAAUCAAAGAUAAUUUCAAUAUUCUAUUUGUUCUUAACUCAGAUGUUUGUAAAUUCAUCAAGUCCUUUAGAAAGGGCCAAUUGAAAUUUCUCAAUGAUUAUAAUUUUGAGUUAAAUAAAGAAUUUAAAAUAUUCAAUGAAAAUGAUAAAAACAAUAAUAAUACAAAUGGUAAUAAAGAUAAAGAUAAAAAUAAAAAUAAAAAUAAAAGUAAAGACAAAACACAACGCAAAAGAAGGGGAUCAAAUGCUUUUAGAUUUUUCAAAAGUAAAAAGCAAGAAGAUAUUUGCAAUGAUCUUCAAGAAAUUGACUUGGACACUCAAGAACCUGAGCAAUUUGGAAACAAAUUUGAUUACAACAAAAAUGAUUUAUUCCAUACUAUUGGGUUUUGUAAAGAAUUGGUUGUUUUACAAGAAGGUUUAGUUGGUUAAUCACUUCAUUUCUUGUUUCAAGAUAUAUUUUUUUACUUUGUGACUUGCAUCAUAAAUUGUAUUUAGAUUUUAAUGUUUU